AUGGGUAGGCACGCAGGUGGGAGGGAGAACCUUGGCUACACUAGUCAAGAUCAUAAGAACUAUCUCCGAACUAAAAGACAGCGUUCACUAGCCUAUGGUGAGCCAGGGAGUUUGUUGAUGUAUUUUGAAAACCAAAGUAGUAUCAAUCAUUCAUUUACAUACUCAAUGCAAUUGGACAAUGAUGAACAGAUAACUAAUAUUUUUUGGGCUGAUCCGAAGAUGAGAAUUGAUUAUGCACAAUUUGGCGAUGUUGUUAGUUUGGACAACACAUUUUGCACAAACAAAGAGUAUAGGCCAUUUGGGAUAUUUACUGGGUUUAAUCAUCACAGAGGAGCCAUUAUAUUUGGGGCUGCACUUUUAUAUGAUGAGACAGUUGAAUCUUUCAAGUGGUUAUUUGAGGCAUUUGCGGAAGCACAUGGGCAGAAGAAGCCUAUCACCAUCUUCAUGGAUCAAGAUGCUGCUAUGGCUAAGGCAUUAACUGAGUUUGAGGAUGAAUGGCAAAAAUUGCUUAAGAAUUAUGGAGUGGAGAAUAAUUCAUGGUUGCAGCGCAUAUAUGGCUUAAAAUAUAAAUGGGCAAAGUGCUAUAUGAAAAAUAUCUUCACAUUAGGUAUGCGGAGUACACAGCUUAGUGAGAGUUUGAACAGUGACAUGAAGGAUUAUUUAAAAUCCACUUUGGACAUUGUGCAAUUUUUUAAGCAUUUUGAACGGGUUGUGGAUGCUAAGCGAGCCAACGAGUUAAAAGCUGAGUUUGAUUCAAGAAACAACCUUCCAAGAAGAGUGAACUUGGUGUCACCUGUCAUAAAACAAGCUGCGGAAGUCUAUACUCCGUUGACUUUUGAACUCUUUCAAGAGCAGAUGGAUUGGCUUAGUGCUUGCCUCAUCAAAAACAAGAAUGAAAGUAAUCUCAUGUCUGAAUUUUUUGUUGGUCUUGUGGAAUCAAAAUAUAUCAUGUGUAUACCUCCAGCUUAUAUUUUGAAGAGAUGGACACGGGGAGCAAGAAGCUUGGUAGUGAUAGACAAUGAGGGAAAACAGGUUGAAGAAGAUAGUAACUUAGAUAGUUCACAACGAUAUAGGCGUAUAAUGCUUGAACUUGUUAAAAUGGCAUCACAAGCUUCAAAUUCAACUGAGGGUUAUGCUUUGGUUGAGGCCUUAGCUCAAAAUGGAAGAGCACCUGGGAAUUACUUCCUAGGUUAUGAUGGUUCGAAUCCAUCAGGUUUCAAGGAUUGUAGCUUGUGA